AUUUUAUGUAACUUCUCUGUGGAGUCAAGUUUUGAGUCUUUGGUCCUUUGCUGCUGAAAAGUGUUGUUCUCCAAAAGAUUCAGAGUUAGAAGAAGAGAAGGAAUGGCUUCAAUUAUACGCGGAACACGCAUUGUUCUCCAAAUGGCAAGCUAAAUGGGAUGGGAUGGAGCCUGCAAAGCCAUUUGAAAUGAAGAAGAUAGUUGUAAGUACCAAAGAAAAUGUGGAGUCAUGGAAGACAGUGAAGGCGGAGAAUGCAAUCUUCUACAUAAAUAGCUUCAAAACCCGAUGCGGCAGAGACUGCAAUUGUAUCAUAAGGAAAACAACAGAUGGAGUGCCAGGCCAUUUCUCAUUUGAAGUCAAGUGUUUUAUGUGAGAGACCCUGAAGUUAUCAUGUAAAUGGGAAGUAUGUUAGAAAAACCAUUUGGUUACAUAAUAUUCAAUGUUAUAUUGGUACUGAGAAAUGGAUUAGUGACAGUACUGUGAAAGAUAAGUAACACCCAAAAAAUAAACCAAAAAAACUGAGAGAAGAAAAAAAUGAAUUUUAUUGAUAACUCAUACUGCUGAAGAACAGAAGCAGAAACCAAAUGUCAUAUAUUUUGUUUACCAACAAAAACUCUUAAAUUGAUCAAAGAUCGUAAUACAGUCUCGUUCUCUCCACACUCUCUCUAUCUUUCAAACCCGUAACUGAGAGAGGCGUAAGAGUUGAAUAAUCUCUCUUUGUUUCUCGCGAAAACAAUUGAAAUCUCCAAAUAAGGGUUUAAGCCAAAACCCCUCGGAGUUUGAUGCCCAAAUGCCCAUUCCCAAUCCGUAUCAGCUUCUUCAGCUACUUCCUCAACCAAAGUCGCAUCCUUUCGAGUGACCCAGUUAAGUUCUCUAUUCACCAUCUUCGUUUCUCUUCUUCUGUUUCUGUUUCUCCGGACCCAUCAAUGGAAGUGGAGAAUCCAUCGGAAGCUCCAAUCUCGGAGAAUAUGUUUAAAUCGGCUCCCAAAAUGGGUUCUUACAAGUUGGGUGAUUCCACUUUAUCUUCAAUGAUUGAGAAUUACGCCAAUUCGGGUGAUUUUGCUUCCGUGGAGCAGGUUUUGAGCCGGGUUAGAUUAGAGAACAGAGUAAUUAGUGAGCAUAGUUUCAUUGUUGUCUUUAGAGCUUAUGGGAAAGCUCAUUUGCCUGGGAAAGCUGUAGACUUGUUUCAUAGGAUGGUCGAUGAGUUUCAGUGUAAACGUAGUGUUAAGUCCUUUAACUCUGUGUUGAAUGUGAUUUUAAAUGAGGGUCUUUAUCACCGAGGAUUGGAGUUUUAUGAUUAUGUUGUAAAUUCCAACAUGAACAUGAACAUUGCUCCUAAUGGGUUGAGUUUUAAUCUGGUCAUUAAGGCUCUUUGCAAGUUGGGGUUUGUGAACAAGGCAAUUGAGGUCUUCAGGGAAAUGCCUGAGAAGAAGUGUUUGCCUGAUGGGUAUACGUAUUGUACAUUGAUGGAUGGGCUGUGCAAGGAGGAAAGAAUUGAUGAAGCGGUUUUACUGUUGGAUGAGAUGCAGAGUGAGGGCUGUUCACCGAGCUCAGUUACAUAUAAUGUGUUGAUUGAUGGAUUGUGCAAGAAAGGGGAUUUGACACGGGUGACAAAGCUUGUGGAUAAUAUGUUUCUUAAGGGAUGUGUUCCUAAUGAGGUAACUUAUAAUACGCUUAUUCACGGUCUAUGUCUCAAGGGUAAAUUGAAUAAAGCUGUUAGUCUCUUAGAACGGAUGGUGUCGAGCAAAUGUAUCCCAAAUGAUGUCACAUAUGGAACACUUAUUAAUGGGUUGGUUAAGCAAAGAAGAGCAACAGAUGCAGUGAGGUUGUUGAUCUCUAUGGAAGAAAGAGGGUAUUGUUUGAAUCAGCAUAUUUAUUCGGUCCUUAUAAGUGGGUUGUUUAAAGAAGGAAAAGCUGAGGAGGCUAUGACCUUGUGGAAGAAAAUGGUGGAGAAAGGUUGCCGGCCCAAUAUUGUUGUGUACAGUGCUCUUGUAGAUGGUUUAUGUCGCGAAGGGAAACCAAAUGAAGCGAAAGAAAUUUUUCGUGGAAUGAUAAGUAAUGGAUGCUUGCCCAAUGCGUAUACUUAUAGCUCGUUGAUGAAAGGAUUCUUCAGAACUGGUCUUAGUGAAGAAGCAAUUCAAGUAUGGAGAGAAAUGGAUGAUACCGGAUGCUCUCGAAAUGAGUUUUGCUAUAGUGUUUUAAUCGAUGGUCUUUGUGGGAUUGGGAGGGUGAAUGAGGCUAUGAUGCUGUGGUCAAAGAUGCUCACUAUCGGGAUCAAACCUGAUACAGUAGCUUAUAGUUCAAUGAUUAAAGGUCUUUGUGGUAUUGGGUCAAUGGAUGCGGCAUUAAAACUUUAUCAUGAGAUGCUAUGCGAAGAAGAACCCAAGUCACAACCAGAUAUUGUUACUUAUAAUAUACUUUUUGAUGGUUUAUGUAUGCAGAAGGAUGUCUCAAGAGCAGUUGAUCUCUUGAACUUUAUGUUAGAUAGAGGUUGUGAUCCCGAUGUUAUUACGUGUAACACGUUUUUGAAAACUUUGAGCGAGAAGUCAGAUUCUUGUGAAGAAGGGAGGAAUUUUCUAGAAGAGCUUGUUUUGAGGCUUUUGAAGCGUCAGAGAGUAUCUGGCGCUUGUAAAAUUGUGGAAGUAAUGCUGGAUAAGUAUCUGACACCGAAGAUCUCCACUUGGGUGUUGAUUGUUCCAGAGAUCUGUAAACCAAAGAAGAUCAAUGCCGCCAUUGAUAAAUGCUGGAGGAACCUGUGUACUUAAGCAUUACUGAGCAUUUUUGUGUAGAUAUCGGUUCCACCUUAAAAGCCUCCAUGCUUGGGAACUUUUUCGCUUCUGAAGUUAUGGAAAACUUGAAAUGCCUGAAAAAACAGCUUUAUCCAAAAGGAAAGAUCUUCCAAGUCUUCUCCAUGGUGCAAAACUUCGAGCAAAGAGAAGUCUGUGAAAAUGAUCAGCAAUGCUCCACAAGAGAAGCUCAAAGAUUCUUGUCUGUGAUUCUUACGUACCCUGAAACUAUUGACGGUAACAAUACAUUCCCUUCUAAGAAUCUAUAGGAAAAUUUGGAUAUCUUUGGACCCUAACUAGGUCACUGUCAAUGGCAUAUUAAAUAAGUCCAUUUCUUGUAUACGCACAAAAGCUAAGUCUAUAAUUUUCAUAA